AGCUACGCCUGUCGUGCCAGCCAUAUAAACUGUGCUCCUCACCUUUCUGUCUCAAGUGUCGUAUCGACAUGAGGGCCCUCACCUGUCUGCUGCUUGUUCUGGUGUCGGCAAUGGCCGCCGCCGGUGACCCAGUGGUUGAGUACCACAAACCGAACAAACCCGCACUGCCGCCACCGCCGCCGCCAGGACCGCCUUGCCACGAAAUGAAGUGCCCACACAUCUGGGACCCCGUCUGCGGCUGCACCUGCGACAGCGUCUACUGUCGCACCUUCUCCUCCCUGUGCCACCUGCGUGACUACAACUGCCACAACACUCCUGAUUACAACUUCAUCAGGAAUGGGACAUGUGACCAGUGCCCACACGUGCCAGUUAAGGGUCCAGAGUAAAAUGGCAGUUAAGAAGCAGCUCUCGGGAGGUUACAACACUGCUACUCUCUGACCCUUUAUACAAAAGGAUGCACAUCUGUUGAAGAAAGAUACUGUUGUAAAUGUAGAAUUUCCUUCACUACAGACCUUUAUAUAAAAAGAAAACAUGUAAACAUGUACUUCAUUAGUGUUCCUAUAAAUUGAUAGCAAGGUAUAUGAUAAUAUGGAAUGGUGUAUGCACACUGUAAUAGCUACCUUCAUCCAUAAAACGCUAUUUUCUAUGACUGAAGGAGGCAUUUAUAUGUACACUGCUCUGAAUUAAGGCAGUUACUGUUGUUUUGGAACCAGCAACAAUAGUUAAUUACAGCCAAUGCAAGAAAAAUAUUCUUAUACAUGAAAUUCAUUCCCUGUGGAGAUCCAAGUACACAAAGGAUUAUGCUUGAAAUUUUUACUGAGAAAUAACUUUGUAGAACUAUAAUUCGUCCCUAAGAUCUAAAAUUAAGGGGAUCUUAUACAAAUCUCAUUGUUCAAAAGAUAUGAUAUAUUUGAAAUAUAUUAUACAAACGUUACCACUACUUUUUGACAAGAAACACCAGUAACCAACUGUCACUCAUUAGAAAAGCUAUCUGUCUAAUGGCAAAUAUAAAAAUAGAGUAGCAUUUUAAUCUGUCAUUUGGUUGUGUCAUCAUAUAGAAUGCUAUUUAGUUGGAUAACUGUUCCAUAUUUGAUGAUAGUGAUAUAUUCCAAUGCAGUGGAACAUGCCAAACUUACGGUACCUUCUUCACAAUAUACUUCAUGGUGCUUAGUUUAAAUAUGAUGUAAUUGCAUCUACUUCUUCAAUCAGUAUACUACAUGAUUCUGAUAAGGAGAUCAUCCAAAGUUUAGGUGAAGUUGUCCUCAACGAAUUAUUUUUCUUGCUGUUCUUGCUUUCCUGUUUGAUAAAUAUGUUAUAUCAAUGGGCAAAUGACUAGAGGGUUUAAUGGCAGCAUAGUCACUGCCACUUAAGCUGAAGUAGCAAUACAAAUUGAGAGUUCUAGUGUAGGAAUGUAUUCCAUCCUAACUUAAUAAAAUAAUCACAAUUAUUUAGUUGUAAUGGACAGAGUGAGAACAAGAAUAUUGGAUGCUAUGCAAAGAGUGAUGUUCACAGACAGUUAAGAAUAACAACAGGUUUAUUCAAAUAAUUAAAUUAUAUGAUCAUUUCUAAAGUAAGGACCAACAGAGCAUCAUGUCAAUACAUCUUGCCAUGUGACAUCCAUUAAAGGUCAGCCACUUUUGGCUAGUCUGUCACUAUGCCACCAUUAAGUAUCCCAUCACUGCUAGUGUUGGCUGUAUGAUUAUACAGCUUCAUUUGUCACCACGUCAAUCACUAAUCCUGCUAAUUGUGAAAUUCAUUUCUUAAAUGCAAAACAGAUUUGUGAUGCUGAAAUUCACUAGCAGCUUAUUGAAAGUUAUGGUGCAAGUGUAAUUAAUGAUGGAAAUGGUGUAAGCUGUUUAAUAAAGGAACGAUGAAUGUCCGUGAUAAAGAAUGAUCUGGAGGGCCUACUGUAAUGAAUGAAGACUUGACACAAAAGUUGAUGAGCCAGUUUGCCAAAAUAGCUGAUUCACUAUUGACAGGCUGCAUGUAGCAUUUCCAUAAGUUUCAAGAUCAGUAGCUCUUCAUAUUGUUACUUCACUACAGAAAAAUGUGUGCUGACAGAAGAACACAAAACAAAACAAAUGGCACAUUUGUUGCCCAUUUUGGAGUGUUGUUGCAAGGAUGGUGAUGAGUUCUUGAGUAACAUUGUGACCGGUGAUGAAACGUGGAUUGUGCACUACAGUCUAGGGAAUAAAUGUCAAUCCAGUGAGCGGCAUCAUUCAAACUCCCCAACAAAACCAUGAACAUUCAAACAAGAACCUUCAACAUAGAUAACCAUGGCCACCAGUUUUUGGAACUGGAAAGACAUUAUUCUGUCAGACUUCUUGCCAAUAGGAAUAACAAUAAAUGCUGAGGGGUACUGCGAAACAUUAUUAAAGAUUAUGUGCGCUAUUCACUAUCGCCGGCAGGGUCUGGUCUCUAGCAGCAGCAUUUUGUUUCAUGACAAUGAUUGGCCUCACAUUGUGGCAAGAAGAAAGACACUAACUAGACAAGUUUUAUUAGGAAUUACUAGAUCAUCCAUCAUAAAGCUCUGACUUAGCAUCAUCAGACAUCUGUCAUUUUCCAAAAGAAGGAAUUUCUUGGUGGAAAGCUCUUGGAAAAUGAUGACAUGUUGAUAGAAACUGUUACUAACUACUUCAUUGGUCAGGUGGUAGUGUUCUUUAAUGCUGGGAUUCAAAAGUUGGUGGCACAACUUGACAAAUAAUUAAAUAUUCAUGGUGACUAUGUUCAAAAGUGGAAAAAAAGUGUGUUGUAGUCUGUGAUACAGUUUACAUUCAUAAAUAACGUUUCUAUUACACCAUUACAAAUUGUUUCUCACUUUAAAAAUGACCCUCAUAAUGAGGAGCACUGAAGGAUCUAAAAAAUUUAACAGUUCUUACCAAAAGUCAUUCACUGAAUGGUAAUACUUUAAUUAAAAAGCAUUAUAGUGAUACAGUGUCCUUAACCUGAUUCACCCCAGAAAUAAACAUUCCAUCUGAGUUU